GUGGCGAAGUUCAUCUUGUCUGAAAUCCAGAAGCAACAUCAGCGGUUUUCUUUGGGCAGUGCGUCGGCAGCCUUGGCAGACCGUGCAUCCGGGUCCAGUGCGGCAGGAGUGGCAAUCCCAGAUGAUGAGCCUCCUCCCAAGAUGUACAACGGGUUCACGCUGUACAUGGCGAACUGCUUGCAGAACAAGGUGACAAAGCCAAGCGAAACUGCAGAACAAGAGAUGCGUCAGCGUGCGCAGAUUGUGAAUCAGACCGAGCGGGAGCAUCAGAGUGCAAUGUUGGCCGCUCGUGCCAACGAUGCUACUGAGCUGGUUCCGAAUGCUGAUGAGCCGUGUGAGCGGCCACACAACGUUAAAGCAUUCGAUCUUGCCGGGCUGUCAGACACGAACUUCGCUAUAAGUGAGGAGUCACUGAAGGGGGCCCGAAAGGCAUACCGUGGCAAUUGGAUCCAAGACAAGCACCGCGAAUUUUGUGCGGCGUAUGGCUCCCUGACUGUUCGCGCAGGCCAGGGUACUGAGCAGGAGGAUGACGGUCCAGUGCCAGAAUCUGCGUGUCAGUUCCUGUAUUGUCCGGGAGUGUGUAGACAAUCUGUUGCAGCUAUUGGAGGACAGUACGACACGUUUCAGGCGGAGUGCAACGCUUUGCUCAGGCGUCUGAGAUCUAUCAGACGGGAAAAGGGAUACUUGCCGUUGCACGGCGUUCUGAUGGUGAUGGACAACCAACACAAGACGAUUCUGCAAGUCCACCUGCUCACUCAGAUCUCCUUUUCUCCUUUUGACUUUUCAGCGUUGCAGAUGAGGCUUCCACCGAACGGUUCAUUACCAAUGUCGGUGGACACUGACAUUUCCGGUGUUGGUCAGAGUGUGAGUGUAGUUUUGCGUAACAAGGCCAAGCUUUUGUAUGAGCUCGCCUCGAUGCCGGGAUGUGUCCUGGCCACCACAAACCACAAAGCUGUGUCUUUGCGAACCAUCUUACUCGAUGGUGAUGUGGAAAUGUUGUCUGAUAUACGUGCGGGUGGGAGCGGUGGUGCGAGUGGCCGUGGCCGCAUGGGGUGUGACUCGGACAGUGACAGGGAUGAAUCGAUCAUUGAUCAACUUCAAGGGAUGUUGAAGCGUGCAACCCGUGGACAAGUAGCCCCGAAACAACAGCCUCAGAAGAGGAAACGUGCCAACGUACCCUCCAGCCACACUGUGCGUAAGAAGCCUCGAAGAUCGACUGCAUAUGACGCAGCAGGCCAACCGAUUCAUGAUCUGGCCAGCCAGGUAGACCGAGAGAUCGAGGCAACGUGGAUUGAUGCAGCCAUCGGAGAAGCUGGCGACAUGCCAACUGCGGCUGUUGCACAUGAGCCUGCUUCGUCAUCAAGGGCUGCUCCUGCUCCACAACAGGUAUCGGGGCAGGAAUCAUCGCAAACAGUAGCAGCUGACCAGCGUCGUAAGCCGUGGAAGGAUGAGAAAGGUUACUGUUUUGCUAUGGUACGCUCUGAUUCUGGUGAUGUUCGACACAAGCAUUUGGGUGGCUUCGCCUGCAUUAGCGCAACCCGAUAUCAUGUGCAGUCACAGACAUUGUUCCAGCGCUGUGUGUGCCAGGUGACAGUGACGGUGAUAGCUCAAUCACAUGUCGCGUUCAACAUAUGA